AACGAAAAUUACUUGUUAAGCUAUCACCCGCGUUCAAAUACAAUUCACACACUCUAUCAUUCGGACGCCGAAUCCAAUGACGUGAUAAAGUCCAUACUUCACUCGCUCAGAUUUCAUGAUAUUGUCUCUAGGGGUGAGACGAAGGUAGAUGACCUUAAUACCGAGGAAGCAACACAACAUAUAAAAGAAUCGAUGCGAGUAAGUCAUGAGUGGACCAACGAAAAAUUUGGGAAUUUCGUGGCAGAGUUGGAUGACAAAGAUUGGCAGAGUGAUGUGAUUUUUUGGCUAGACAGAGGGUUCAGGGUCAAAUGGGAACGCAGCAAAGACAAGGAGAAAACAAUAUAG